AUGGCUUCAGCGCGUUCCACGACAGCAGCCGUCGAGGAAACGGCAGCGAAAACGGCGCAAUCCGUCUCUAAUGCCAGCUCGACUUUCAUUGACCGCGCAUCGAGAUGGUAUGCGGACAACAAAGUACUUGCAUGGACGGUAGCAGGUGUGACGGUGGUCGCAGUGGGAGGUUCUAUCUAUUACUUAUCAAAACCACCUCGGGUAUCCGAUUUGGAUAAGAAGAGCAAGAAGGAGCGGCGAAAAGGCAAGAAAGACAAUGUCAAGGCGGCCGAGGAAGCUAGGCAGGCAGACACGCCGGCACCAGCACCUGCACCAGGAGUAAAUGCACCGAAGGCGAGCGCGGAGCCAGAAGCCGUGGUUGAGGAAGAGCUCCCACAAGUGACGGAGGAGACUGUAGCUCAUUUAUCGGAGCAGGAGAAGAAGGACUACUCCGCCAAAUUGAAAGCUGCUGGCAACAAGGCCUACGGGUCGAAGGACUACAACAAGGCCAUCGAUCUUUACGGCCAAGCCAUCCUAUGCAAAGCCGACCCAGUCUACUACUCCAACCGCGCCGCCUGCUGGAAUGCCAUGAGCAAUUGGGACAAGGUCAUCGAAGACACUACCGCCGCCAUCAACCUCGACCCGGAAUACGUCAAGGCGCUGAACCGACGAGCAAAUGCCUACGAGCAGCAAGACCGGUACAGCGAGGCGCUGCUGGACUACACUGCAAGCUGCAUCCUCGACCAGUUUCGCUCCGACAGCUCUGCGCAAGCUGUAGAAAGAUUGCUGAAGAAGGUGGCGGAAUCGAAAGCCAAGUCCAUCAUGGAAGGCAAAGAGAAGAAGCUGCCGAGCCCCACAUUCGUGUCAAACUACCUGCAAUCGUUCCGCGCGCGACCUCUACCUGAAGGACUCGAAGAGUCGGCGGACCUCUCUGAAGAUAGCGGAAAGUGGUUCCUCCGGAAAGGUCUGCUCGCGAUCCAGCAGCGGACCGCUGAAGGCUAUGCGGAGGCGGCGCAGUGCUUCGAUAGCGCGGUUGAGAAGAACGAGCUCGAGAGUCACGAGGCGUAUGCGUACAACAUGCGCGGAACCUUCCGGUACCUGAAGGGUGAGAACGACGCCGCGCUUGAAGAUCUCAAUAAGUCUAUUGAGCUGGAUCCGGCGUUGGUGCAAAGCUACGUGAAGAGGGCAAGCAUGCAUCUGGAGCAGAGCAAGAGAGACGAAGCAGCCAAUGACUUCGAACAAGCCAUGACCCACAAUGCCUCCGACCCAGACAUCUUCUACCACCGCGCCCAACUCCACUUCAUUCUCUCCGAAUUCUCCGCCGCCGCCUCCGACUACCAGAAAUCCAUCGACCUCGACUCCAAAUUCAUCUUUUCCCACAUCCAGCUCGGCGUGACCCAAUACAAAAUGGGCUCUAUCGCCAGCUCCAUGGCCACCUUCCGGCGAUGCAUCAAGAACUUCGGUGACAAGAGCGAUGUGUACAAUUAUUAUGGCGAGUUGUUGCUGGAUCAGCAGAAGUAUCAGGAGGCGGUGGAGAAGUUUGAGACGGCGGUGGAGAUGGAGAGGAAGAGUGUUGGUGAGAAGGGCGGGAUGAACGUGCUGCCGCUUAUCAACAAGGCGUUGGCGUUAUUUCAGUGGAAGCAGGAUUACUCUGCUGCGGAGGAGUUGUGUCAGAAGGCGCUGAUUAUUGACCCAGAAUGCGACAUCGCGGUCGCGACGAUGGCUCAGCUGCUUCUGCAACAAGGCAAGGUGACGGAAGCACUCAAGUACUUUGAGCGGGCUGCCGAGCUUUCAAGGACGGAGGGCGAGGUCGUCAAUGCGUUGAGUUAUGCUGAAGCGACACGGACGCAAUUAGAGGUGCAGGAAAAGUACCCGCAGUUGGCGAGUAAGCUGCAAGGCAUGGGUGCGCCUGCUAUGCCCGGGGCGGUGAGGUAA